ACGAGAUCCGUAGCGCAGUGGCCGACCAGCUCCGUAGCCUCGCGAGUCUCCAUUCUCUCGGUUUCCCAGUCGCCACCCUCCCGAAACCGCGAGGCUCCAAGUCAACAGUCCCACACUCCCACUCGCCACACGCCUCCGCGCUCCCCGACCACCGUCAUGCCACUCCCGUCCACCCAACUCCACCGCCGCCUCCUCCUGCUCCUUCUCGCCGCCGUCGCCUGCACGGGGCUGCCCGGCGCCGCGUCCAAGCCCACGCUGCUCGAGCCCUGUGCCUCCGCCACGGCCUGCCCCGCGCUGCUCUCCUACACCCUGCACGCCGACCUCAAGCUCGCCGAGCUGGCCGCGCUCUUCGCCGCCGACCCGCUCGCCAUCCUCGCCGCCAACGCCAUCGACUUCGCCGUCCCGGGUCCGGCCGGCCGCAUCCUGCCGGCCGGCCUCGCGCUGCGCGUGCCGGUCCCCUGCGCCUGCUCCGGCGGCGUCCGCAGGGCCACCUCCGUCCGCUACGUCUCCCGGCCGGGGGACACGCUCGCCUCCAUCUCCUCGCGCGUCUACGGCGGCCUCACCGCCCCGGACUGGAUCAGGGACUCGAACGGCAUCCCCGACGCCGACGGCGCCGUCGACGCCGGGACCGCGCUGCUCGUGCCGCUGCACUGCGCGUGCUUCGGCGGGGUGGACAACGGGGUGCCCGCCGUGUACCUCACGUACGUGGUGGCCAAAGGGGACACCGUGCCCGCCAUCGCGAAGAGGUACCAGACCACGGCCACCGACGUGAUGAGCGUCAACGACAUGGCCACCGCCGACGUCGCCGCCGGGGACAUCAUCGUCCUCCCGCUGCCAGCGUGCACCUCGUCGUUCCCCACCUUCACGUCCGACCACGGGCUGGCCGUGGCGAACGGGACCUACGCAGUGACUGCCGACCGGUGCGUCCAGUGCAGCUGUGGUCCGGCCAACUUGGAGCUGUUCUGCGUGCCGGCGCCGCUGGCGGAUGCGGCGUGCUCCAGCAUGCAGUGCGGCAACAGCAGCAUGAUGCUCGGCAACUUCACCCUCGUCAUGACCGGCGCCGGCUGCAGCGUCACCUCCUGCGGCUACGGCGGCUACGCCAACGGCACCAUCCUCACCACGUUAACCAGGGCACUCAAGCCCCUGUGCCCAGUCCCGCACCAGUUCCCGCCGCUGAUCCCGCCGCCGACGUCGUCCUUCUUCGAGACGUACCUCGGCCCUUCACCGGCGCCGAAGCCGUCGGAGGGGGGAAUCAAGAGUCCGACGAUGGCUAGGACGGCACCAACGGCCAGCACGGACGCCGUCGCCGGUGCUCCUCCCACGGGCCGGCACUUCAGCGACGUCUUCGGAGUGCUCGCGCUUUGCCUUGUCACCAACAUGCUGUGGUGACUGACCACCGAGCAGCCGAACGCGCGUGCGGACGGGCUGCUUCGAUUCGAGUUAUUCUUUUUGUACAGGAGCAGCCGGCUCUUUUGCAGGGGCUGCUCCGUGCCAAAAUUUUGUUGCUGCUCGUCUCAUUUGUGGUUCUCUGUGAAAUUGAAAGCAGUCUCGCUGAAUUGACUCUC